UAAAGUCUGUCAGACAGACUCACUGACAGAUCUGUCCUGUCUUUGCACUGUUUGUCUUCUCCAUUUCCAUCUGCUGGAUUACAACUGAAACAAAGAUUCUCUGCUCAUCCAGUAAAAUGCUUCGAACAGGUUUAGGCAGGGUGUUCCUGCUGUGUUGUGUCGCAGCAUUUGUGUCUGGGGAACUGAGACCGUAUUUCAUCAGGAUAGAGGAGAUGUCUUGGAACUACGCCCCGACUGGCAUGAACGUGAUUCAGAACCGAACCAUACAGGAGGAUGAAGAAGCCUCCGUCUUUCUAAAGCGAGGGCCCCAGCGGAUCGGACCCACUUAUAAGAAAGCUGUGUAUAAGCAGUACACCGACGGCAGCCACAGGACGGAGGUGACGAAGCCCGAAUGGCUGGGUUACCUGGGACCUCUGUUGAUGGCUGAGGAGGGAGACACUCUGAUCAUCCACCUGAGGAACGCAGCAUCUCGACCUUUCAGCAUCCACCCGCAUGGUCUGAACUACAGCAAGGGCUCUGAGGGAGCCCUGUACCCAGAUGGCACUGGUCCUGAACUCAAGACUGAUGACUCAGUGGCUCCUGGUGCAACAAAAAUCUAUCAGUGGACCCUCCCAGAGACCCACAGCCCAUUAUCUAAUGACGGCAACUGCAUGACCAGAUUCUACCACUCCCACAUUAAUACACCAAGAGACAUCAACUCAGGACUGAUAGGACCACUCAUUGUCUGUAAAAGAGGAACUCUGGACUUGUAUGGAGAUCACUCAGGAGACUAUUUGUAUACUCUGCUCUUCAUGGUGUCAGACGAGAACUUCAGCUGGUACCUGGAUGAGAAUAUCAGGACGUACAUCACACACCCCGCUAGAGGACUGAAGGAUGACGAGGAUUUCAUUGAGAGCAACAAAAUGCACGGUAUAAAUGGCUAUCUGUAUGGUAACCUACCGGGGCUCAGCAUGUGCCAAGGCAACAGGAUCUACUGGCAUAUGUUUGGCUUAGGCAAUGAGGUGGACAUGCAUUCAGUUCAUUUCCACGGCCAGAUCCUGACCACUCAGAACCAUCACACAGACACCAUAAGCCUCUUCCCCGGCUCCAGCGCUAAGGCUGAGAUGGUUGCUGACAACAUCGGACACUGGCUGCUGACGUGUACGGUCAAUGACCAUCUGAUGGCUGGUAUGCAGGCUAUAUUUGAGAUCAAGAAGUGCUUCCCUGCCGUCCACAAGCCCCGACCACACGGAGAGCUCAGACAGUACUUUAUCGCUGCUGAAGAGGAUGUUUGGGACUACGCUCCUACCAUUCCUUCAGAGGGGGAAGCUGACAUGUAUGUCACCAGAGGACGAAACCGUAUUGGGAGUCGCUAUAAGAAGGCUCGCUACGUGGAGUACACUGACAACACCUUCACUACAAAGAUGCUACGCAGCCCUGAGGAGCAACACCUAGGAAUUCUGGGUCCUAUCCUGCGAGCUGAAGAGAGGGACACUAUCAGGGUAGUUUUUAAGAACAAAGCCACCAGACCUUACACCAUACAGCCACAUGGUGUUCAGUACAACAUUGAACAAGAUGGGACACUCUACCACAACGAACUGGAAGAGUCGUACACAGACAAGAAACUGCGAGAGCUAAACAGGCGACCAAGAGUGGUGACCCCUCCUCCAGCUGCUCUGGUUCGACCUGGAACAAUGCACACCUAUGAGUGGACGGUACCCAUCGGAGCAGGUCCGACUCAGGGAGAGGCUGACUGUCUGACUUAUCUGUACUACUCUGGAGUGGAUCCUGUCAAAGACACCAACUCUGGACUGGCCGGGCCGCUCCUCAUCUGUCGACCUGGUUCACUCAGACGUGGAGUCCAGAGAAACUAUGAGAAGGAGUUCCACCUCAUGGCUACGGUGUUUGAUGAGAACCUCAGCUGGUACCUGGAUGACAACAUCAGGACCUUCACCACUGCUCCCAACACCGUCAACAAGGAGGAGGAUGGGUUCCUAGAGAGCAACAAGAUGCAUGCCAUCAACGGUUUUGUGUACAGGAACCUCCCAGGACUGACCAUGUGUAAGGCAGAUAGAGUAACGUGGCACCUGUCGGGGCUGGGUUCAGAGACAGACAUCGUCAGCCUUUACUUUCAGGGAAACCGCUUCAUCUACCGCCAGAACAGACGGGACACCAUCAGCGUCUUCCCUCACAUCUCACGCACAGUCACUAUGGAGCCUGACAGCAUGGGUCAGUUUGAAGUGGUUUCAGCCACAGUGAACCAUUAUCGAGCUGGUAUGAGAGCCAACUACACGGUACAGAAGUGCAGCCUCCUUCAGCGCCAGGGUGAGACCAUGCUGCAUUCAAAGACGUACUACAUCGCUGCCAUGGAGAUGGACUGGGACUACUCUCCAAACCGCACCUGGGAGGCCGAGAUGUUCCGUGGUCAGGAAAGUCCGGCCACUGUUUUCCUGGACCAGCAGGGCGGGUUUAUCGGCUCCCGUUACAAGAAGGUGGUCUACCGGCAGUUUACCAACGACAAGUUCACCAAACAGGUGGAAAGAACAGCUGAUAUGGAACACCUGGGCAUUAUGGGUCCGAUGAUCCAUGCUGACGUGGGAGACAAGGUGAAGAUUGUUUUUAAAAACAUGGCGACCAGGCCUUAUUCUAUCCACGCUCACGGAGUGAAGACAGAAAUUCCUGAAGUUUACAACACACCACCAGGUGCGACUCACACAUAUUAUUGGUAUGUUACAAAGAAAACAGGACCAACUACAGAGCAGGAGGAGUGCUCUGUGUCAGCAUACUACUCCACUACUGAUGUAACAAAGGACCUGUACAGCGGUCUGAUUGGUCCAUUGGUGAUCUGUCGCCGUAGCUGGGCCAGGUCUUUAGGCAUGAAGAAAGAAGUUGAAGAGUUUGCUCUGCUUUUCCUGGUUUUUGAUGAGAAUGAAAGCUGGUAUCUGGAUGAAAACAUCAGGACCCACAUCAGAAACCCUCGAGCAAACCUGAAGGAUGAUGAAACCUUUAUAGAGAGCAACAAGAUGCACUCCAUUAAUGGUUUAAUGUACGGAAAUUUGAAUGGUCUAAACAUGGAGGUGGGUGAUAAGGUGUACUGGUACCUGAUGGGGAUGGGCAACGAUGUGGACAUACACACUGUACACUGGCAUGGACACAUGGUGGAAUAUAAGCUGGGUGGAGGUCCUCGUCGAGCUGAUGUGUACGAGCUGUUUCCAGCCACCUUUCAGACUGUAAAGAUGCGUCCUCAGUAUCCUGGUACCUGGCUGCUCCACUGUCACGUCACUGACCACAUCAAAGGCGGCAUGGAGGGGAUGUACACGGUCAAUUUAAAAAAAAAGAAGACGAGGCCCAUUGGCUGAACAGUCGAGGAAAACAAAUCCAAAGAGAGUCCAGCUGAUAUCUACUCUCAGCAAAUGAUCAUUCACACUCUUCACUCUUGUUUCAUAUUAAAAUAUUUGUAAUUGUC